CUCUGUGCCUUAAACGUGUGGUGGUGGUGGGGAGAAGGGGGGAAGAUGCCGAACGGCGCUGCCAGCAAGUCCUCCGCCCCCGCCGGGCAGGGCGACGCCGAGCCGGGGGUCCGGAGCUUCCCCAAGGGGCUGAGUGCGGGCGGAGGGGUGGGGGGGGCGGUGAUGGUGGGCGCCGCCGGGACCGCCGAGGCGGCCGCCCUGACGCCCAAGAAGUCGCCCCGACUGCCCAAGUGCGCCCGGUGCAGGAACCACGGCUACGUGUCCGCUCUGAAGGGCCACAAGAGGUUCUGCAUGUGGCGGGAGUGCCAGUGCAAGAAAUGCAACCUGAUCGCCGAGAGGCAGAGGGUCAUGGCAGCUCAGGUGGCUCUGAGGAGACAGCAGGCUCAGGAGGAAGAGCUGGGCAUCAGCCGCCCCAUCCCUCUGCCUGGAGCCGCAGAGCUGCUGAUCAAGAGAGAGAGCCCCCCCCCAAACAGCUCGUGUGCCCUGGGGACCGGGGGGUCUGGCUUGUCCUCCAACCCCAACACAACCCCGGUCACCACCUCAGAGGGGCGCUUGCAUCUUCAGGACAUUCCAUCUAUAACCAGCAGAGGGCACCUGGAAGCCACCCCGGACCUGGUAGUGGACUCUUCCUACUACAGCAACUUUUAUCAGCCAUCUCUGUACCCAGCUUAUUACAACAACCUUUACAACUAUCCACAGUACCAGAUGGCAGUGGCAGCAGACUCGCCUGCUUCUGACGUGGGCUCCACACUGGGAGGGACAACUGUGAAAAACAGCCUUCGGGGGCUUUCAGCGUCCAUGGUGACUGGUCAGACAACAAACCAGUGGCAGAGAAAUGAAAGUGACGAGAAGAUGAGUGUCGUUUUCUAG